UCUGUUCACCUAUGAAGGCAACAGCAAUGACCUGCGAGUGGCUGGCUCCGGAGAGGGGGGGCUGCAGGAGAUGCUGGAGGAGCUGAGCAGCGGGAAGGUGAUGUACGGCUUCUGCCGCGUCACGGACCCCAACUCGGGGCUGCCCAAAUACGUCCUGGUCAACUGGACAGGUGAAGGCGUCAGUGACGUGAGGAAAGGAGCCUGCGCCAACCACGUCAGCACCGUGGCCAACUUCCUGAAGGGGGCUCACGUCACCAUCAACGCCCGGGCAGAGGAGGACGUGGAGCCCGAGCUCAUCAUGCAGAAGGUGGCCCAGGCCUCCGGGGCCAACUACAGCUUCCACAAGGAGAGCAGCAAGUUCCAGGACUCAGGGCCCCAGGCUCCCGUGGGCUCUGUGUACCAGAAGACAAACGCCAUGUCUGAGAUCAAGAGGGUCAAUAAGGACAAUUUCUGGGCCAAGGCAGAGAGGGACGAGGAGGAGCGGCGGGCGGAGGAGCGGCGGCGGGCGGAGGAGCAGCGGCAGCGGCUGGAGCGCGAGCGGCGGCAGCGCGAGCUGCAGGAGGCCGCGGGCCGCGAGCAGCGCUGCCAGGCCAGGGCCCGGGAGAUCGAGGCCCACAGGAGACUCCAGCAGCAGCAGGAGGCUGAGAACAGGGACAGGGAGCAGCAGCAAUGGAGCCCUGGUUUCUCCCCAGGACGAGACUCUGGGUACAACUCUGGUGUGCCAGGGUCCCAGGUGGAGGAGAACCUGUACGAGGAGCCCCCUGAGCCCUCGGCCAUCUACGAGGAGCCCCCCCAGGAGCAAGUUGACGAUGCCAAAUACGACUACAGGGUGGAGUACCAGGAGCCCCCAGACCUGGCAGGGAAGGGGCUCUGUGCCCGCGCACUCUAUGACUACCAGGCUGCUGAUGACACCGAGAUCUCCUUUGACCCCGAGAACAUCAUCACCCACAUCGAGAUGAUCGACGAGGGCUGGUGGCGCGGCUACGGCCCCGACGGCCACUUCGGGAUGUUCCCCGCCAACUACGUGGAGCUGAUCGAGUAGGGGGGCUGCCGGGGGGCUGCUGGGGGGCUGCAGACCCCUGGGACUGCUCCAGACCCCUGGGACUGCUCCAGACCCCGAGCCCUCCCAGCUCCUGCCCGACUCUUCCAGCGACACGUGGCUUUUUCUUCUCUGUUUCUCUCUCUCUCUCUCUCUCUCAGUGAAGUGCCAUUCCCCAGUCCCUCGGCAGUGGGGGCCCCCCAGCGCUGCCCCCCUGUCCCCCAAAGCUGCCCUUGGGUGAAGGAAGGGUCCCAUCCCACCCUGAGCCCGCAGUGCUGGUCUCCCCCUCCUCCCUCGGCUCUGGAGUGGGAAGGAGGGCGUGACAAAUCCCUCACGGGAAUUUUCAGGGAACAAAUUACCUCCCCCCUGUGCUCCCUCCCUCCCUCUCUCCCCGUGACCUUGGACCUGCUGCAGCCACUCUGGAGAAGCCGCUUUCCCAGGCUGAUUUCAUUGGAAAAGCUCAUCAGGAUGGUUCUGGGGUCCUGCAGGGUCUGGCACGGCCAGGAGAGGUGAAUCCUGUCCCCAGCACCCUGAGCUCACCCCCUGUGAGAUCCUCUCUUCUCCUCCCUGCUCUCCCCACUGCUCCCUUCCCUCACCCCAAACGUGCUGCGGGGAUUUGAACUGGGGGUGAAAAACCUCCCCUGCAGCACAGAUCCAGCGUGGGACCCCCUCCCCAGCCCCAAACUCACUGUGAACACGGAAAAGCCCAGCCCAGCCCCUCCCUCUCGCGUUUCCCUGCCCUGCUGUCACUUUAGGAAUAGAAGGAAAGGUUGGGGGGUCCCAGCUCCCCCCCUCCUGCAGGUGCUGGGGGCCGUGGUGGCUUCUCUGAGUCCCUCCCCCCGAGCUCCUUCUCCUCCCCUCUCCCCCCCGGGCCCUCCCCAGCGUCAAUAAAAGGGCUUUUCUUUGGU